AUGGAGCGCCAAAGAGUAUACCGCGUCGUCGAGAGGAUUGGCGGCGGCGCGCCCGAGGCUACCUUCACCUCAGACGUAGCCAACAACGCGGCUCAGAAACCUCGCCAACGUCGCUGGACUCCCAAGGUCAAGACUGGCUGCAUUACUUGCCGCAUCCGUCGUGUCAAGUGCGACGAGGGCCGCCCCGAGUGUAAAAAAUGCAUUUCAACAGGCCGAAAGUGCGACGGCUUUGAAAUCGCCCCAGAGCCCGCCCAAUGCGCCUCUCCCGCCGCCACACAAUGCCUUCACGCCCUCACCCCCAUCUACGGCAGAGCGACUUCUCUAGAGAAAGAAAUGUUCAAUCUGUUCCGCACCAGAACUGUCACACAAGUCGCCGGCGCUUUUUACCAACCGUUCUGGCAUGUCGACGUCUUGCUGGCCGCGCAGACACAGCCCGCCAUAUGGCAUGCUAGUCUCUCCAUGGCCGCCAUGUACUCGUGGUUCAAAAUACCGUCUGACGACCCACAAGGCCAGAUCAUCCGGCAAGACCAUUAUAAAUUCGCCCUCAAGCAGUACAACGAGGCCAUCGCGCAUAUGGUAGAGCUGGCUCACCAGAAGGAUGCCAAGUCGGCCGAGGUGCUGCUCAUGGCCAGUGUGCUGUUCACUGGCCUAAGCAGCUUACGCGGCGAUCCCAAAGAGGCCAUGAUGCAUGCGAGCCAUGGCUUACACGUUGCGCAACAGUGGAACUUUUUGGAAAAGACAGAGUCACCGGAUGGGGGCCAAUCAGAUCAUAUGCUUCCUACCAAGGCCCUCGUCGGCCUCGUGGACGGGUUCGAGGUCCAGUACAUGUGGACCGGCGCUCGACAGCCCAUCUUGCGGCGCGGCAAUAUACCCCGGGAGGUCCCCGUCGCUCCCUUCAGCUCUGCCACGGAAGCUUGCUUUGAGCUGCAGCGCCUCGUGGGUGGCCUGCUCAUGGCAGUACGAAACGAAAAGAUUCGACGCACAACAGAACAGCCGUCACCAGUGCCAGAUCUACGCCAGCCUUACCGGCAUGCUCUCUCGGCUUGGAAAGUCAAAUUCUCGCAUCUCAAAUGGUCUCAAAGGCUGCGUCAAACAGACCUCGACUGUGCACUUGUGCUAGACAUUUGGCUGUGCGGCGCAGAAAUUGCGUCCAGCAUCGAUCUCAGUCUGUAUGAACUGGCUUGGGACAAAUUUGCCGCCAAAUUCAAGCGCAUCGUCAAGUUGACGCAGAAACUGGUCGCCGAGGAAGCGCUGCUGGAAGAACAGCGCGGGCGGCCUGUGUACUCGUUCUCGCCUUCGGUCUGCGAGCCCCUCUUCAUGGUGGCGAGCAGCUGUCGUGAUGGCGUGCUGCGCCGCAAAGCCAUGUCGCUUCUGCGACAACGGCCGCGAAGGGAGGGCAUCUGGGAUGCCAAGCUCAUGGCGGCCAUUGCCGAGGCCAAGAUGCUGAUUGAGGAGCGCGGCGUGGCGUCGGUGGACAUGGCGACAAUGGCUGCUGGUGCCGGGUGCGGCUGUAUUCCUGGCGUGUACAUCUGCAACACGCACCGCGUCUUUUUCAUGGACAUUGAGUUUCUCCCUGACAGGGCUGCCACGGCAGUUAUGAAGACGCUGCAUGAUGUCGCUAUAAGUUCGGAGGGUCAGGUCGUAACCAUCACUUACUGA